CCCAAUCCGGCUCUGAAAACGUCAGCUAGCCACGGCACCAUACCUUUACCGUAAUAAAUCACUCGGGCCCAUAUUGUGUGACAAAUAGUAUCCCAUCAUCAGGACAUUGUUGCAAGAAUACCAGUGCAGAAGUGAUCCAUCGUUCGGUGCUAAUCCAUUGUUGAAAUAAAGACAGAGUGGGGAUUUUGGGGAACGUGGAAGGUAGAACAUGGCAACCCUCUGAUGACGUUUAUACUCAUCCGAAGGUUUUUUACAAUCGAGGAAGAACACAGGAACAAAUGUUCUUCAUUAAUACAACUGGCAGUUGACCAGUACAAUUGAUAUUGUUCAUCAAAUAUUCAAGUCAUUUUUUGUUAACUCGUUGAUUAUUUGUCGUCGACAACAGUGAGUGGAAUUUCUGCAAACAUGAUGAACAUGUGGAAAGUGCGGGAACUCAUGGACAAGGCGACUAAUGUAGUCAUGAACUACACUGAGACUGAAGCCAAAGUUCGAGAAGCUACCAAUGAUGAUGCCUGGGGACCCACUGGUGCUAUGAUGCAAGAACUCGCCCAAGCGACAUUCACGUACGAACAGUUUCCCGAUGUUAUGUCAAUGCUUUGGAAAAGGAUGUUGCAAGAGAAUAAACGUAAUUGGCGGCGUACGUACAAGGCUCUCCUCUUAUUAAACUACCUCGUCCGAAACGGUUCUGAGCGCGUCGUAACCUCCUCACGUGAGCACAUUUACGACCUCCGUUCCUUGGAAAAUUACACGUACAUUGACGAAAUUGGCAAGGACCAGGGUAUAAACGUUAGGCACAAAGUUCGUGAAUUGAUAGACUUUAUUCAGGACGACGAUAAACUUCGUGACGAGCGAAAAAAGGCAAAAAAGAACAAAGACAAGUACGUCGGGAUGUCGAGUGAUGCGAUGGGAAUGAAUUUCGGUGGUACAGAUCGAUGGUCGGACAAUCCAAAGUGGACAAAACCAACGACCGAGGGGUACAACGACUGGGAACGAGAUACUCGGGGUCGUGGGGGCUUCGACGAUGCUAACAACAGUGACGACGGGGAACGGGAGGACUCGGACAACGACAAUCAGAGUCCAAAGAAGAGUGUCAAAGAUAUCAAGGAAUCUCCCUUGGACAAACUCGAGAAGCUCUCAGUGGGGAACAGCAACUCUCCUCGAAGAAAUGCUAGUCGUCCUGUGAAGAAGGUGGACCUGGGUGCUGCUGCCAAUUAUGGCAAAGAUCAGAGUGCCAACAGUGAUAUUAUCCAGGGGAAUCUGAUAUCAUCACCCAUCAAGAAUCAACCGAAGAAGAACAACGACAUCUUGAAUGAUUUGUUCGACUCCAGCAACGACAAUAGCAGAACAGCCAUCGAUAACGACGACGAUUUCAAUCCCAGGGAGAGUGACUACACUCCUGUUGCCAGUCAGAAUGUCGCCAAUGCAAAUUUUGGUGACUUCACCAGUGCUUUUGGAGGUAGUAAGCAGGAUAAUGACGAUCAAUUUGCUGAUUUCACCAGUGCUUUCAGUUCUGGGGUGACGAUAGGGGGAAAUGAUAAUAAUUGGAUUGGGGGUGGUACUGGAGUGGGGGGAAGACUGGAUUCCUUGCAGAGUAAUCAGGAGGGCUUGAGUGGGCAAUCGAAUACCGAAGAUUUGAUGGCUGGCAGUGGGCUGAGUGGGAAUUUCAUGAGCAGUGGACCUGCGGGACUGACGAAUCAACCAGGUGCCACUAGGACUAAUGGGAAUAAUAAUACCGGGACUAUGAGUGCUGACUUGCUGACUGAUUUUGGUGGCUUCAACGCUUUCAAUGCCAAUUCCCAAAUUGGAAAUAAUCCUAACUUUUUCAAUGUAGCGAGUAAUAAUCAACCUGCGAGCACUGGCCUGCUAGCACCAACUCCAGUGAACACCAGAACACCUGGAGGACCGGCUGAAACGCCAACGACGCAAGUAGGUUCAACCUGGGCAGGAGCAGGACUCAAGAUCGACCUUGAUAAUCUCCUGGGGAGCAAGUCAAAAUCAAGUGGCCCUGCCCCCAGCAUGAAUCAGCUAGCUACCAACAGCCCCCAACAUCAGCCUCGACCACUUGAGGAUAUUGUUUCAGCUCCCAGUAUGAACAUCGGCCCCCCGGUGCUGCAGUCCCCAGGUCCAACUAGCACCAAUUUCUUUCCAACUUUUCCCUGAGAUAUCCACAUCACAAUGUCAGCAAGUCAUGUAAAAUGAUGGAUCAGACUGCAAAAUUGUGAGUUUAUUUAUACCCCAUCUUCGAUAUUUUUCCAUUUUUUGGAAAUUAUGCAGCUGAACUAACAUUAACAAUUUUGCAACUGAGGAGAAACUCAAGAUGCUUACGUAAUAAUAUGAGACGUGAUAAAAGGUUCAAGAAUAGCUUUAGAUAUUUUUCAAGUCCGGUUGCACUGAAUUGUCACCCUCACCUGUUCGUUUACAUUCUGUAUUUAUGUACAUAAAUAUGGCAGUAAAUAAUUUGGUGCAACCAGUCCAGUAGACCAACCACUGGUGCAACAAUUUAAUGCAACCAAGCGUCACCUGAUAAUUGAUAUUACUCCAGCGUUCUCCUCAGUUGCAUCUUUUAUUAGAAACAUUUGACCUCAGUGUAAUGAUGGAAGAGUCUGUGAAAGGAGUUCGUUAAGAUUUUCGGAGUUAAGUGUGAAUGAAUAAAUAGCCAAAUGUCAUUUUUUAUAAACGAAAAUGUGAGAACAAUCCAUCACGUGGAGAUGUCUUUCAAUGAACGAUAACGAUGUGAACGAAAAAAACAAUGUUGUUACAUACAUAUAUACUAUUAAUAUACAUGGAUAUAUAUAACAUAGGUCUUACAAUUAGUCGCUGUUGUACUACGCGACACAGAAUAAUUGACAAUACGUGCUUCCCCAUCACGAAUUAAAUUUUUGCACUGAGAGAAGAAUUGGAGAGAUUAGGAAAUAGUUGUAUGGAGGAGUGCAUAAACGUGCACAACGAUGGUGAUCUCUGUGAUCGAGAAUCAUGUGUGUAGGUGAUCUGUGAGUGAUCAUUUGGGAAUAUAUCGAUAGGACGAUUAUAAAUACUUAAAUUUGCUGUCUCAGCACAAGAAAAUGCGUCAGGGUCGAGAUGAUUCAUUUUUAUCCCAAAGAUUCUUCUCUAAUCAGUGAACGUGCAUUUUAAUGGAAAAAAUAGGUUGAAAAUUUAUAAUCGAAUGAAUGAAUUUCUGGAGAAUCAUAAUACAAUGGCAAUGAAUUUUAAUCGAGUUGUGAAGAGGCGCAUAUCUAUAACGAUGAUCCUUAACAUCUGUCACUAUUAACGAAGAUAAUUAUUAGCUGUUAAAAUACUAACAUAGGUGAUAAACGUAAUCAGUACUUGCAGUAAAUUUUAUAGAGCAAAUGAGAGAAACGAACUUAUUUUUCAAAAGUGAAGUUGCUCGAAAAUUUUACGAUAUUUUCCUCCUCGAGAUGACUAAAUUCAUGAUAAUGUGUUCGCUGGUACCUCACGAAAGAGUGAAACGUAAUCAUUCCAAAAUUGAUGAUGAAUAGAGUGUAAUAUAUUGUAAAAAGAAGGGACGAGGAAAUUAUUUAUCAGAAUGUAACUGUCAUUUAUUGAAGAAUUGGAACAUAUCCAUCCUCUGAUUCGAGUUCCCUUGGUUCAAUAACUGCCGUUAUUUGAUAUUAUGUGCUCACAAUUUAUUAAUUGAAUCUGGUUCACUUCCAUGUUGAUUCUCCUGCCAAUAAAUUUACGUUUCCAUUCCUCAUUUCUUCAGUUCAUUAAGGCGCAUAUGUUCGAAAUUCAAAUCCACUAAUUGAGGGAAUAAUAUUAAUUGAUCCAUUCAAUGGAAUAUUAUUAGCAAAUUUGUUUGGUUUUUUUCGUUGGUUAAAUCAGCAAAACCGUUCAUUUCACUGUACACUCCCCCCGGUCUCUUAAUUUCCGUCUAAUUCUGCAUUUACAAAGUGCAAAUGUUGCAAGAUUCUUGAUAGUAUUAAGAUGUAAACAAAAACAUGUAAAUAAAUGCGCAGGAUAAAGGGUGGUGCAUGGCACACACGAGUGAAUCACAUGUGACACAGACGUUGAAACAUAAAAUUGAGGAAAAUUUAAUGAUUGUGUCAAUUUGUUUUUAAGAUUAGAAAAAGAAAGUAGUAAUAAUUCUGCGUAUUCUUGAUAGUUCCUCUAGCCAAGGUGAUUAACGAGAAAAAAGUACGAAUAUGUUUCUCCUCUUUCGUUAAUGAAUUGAACCGAACGAUUAUUAUCGAAGUUGAUUAUGUGUAUUCCUCUAUCACUGUACAUAGUAUGAAUGUUAUAACGAGAAAGGGAAUCAUUGUGAAUAUUCGUACGAAUCAGUGGUGAACAUGCAACGAUUAGCAUGAUUUUCCUCAAUUGUACAAUUACAUUAAGAAAAGAAAUACAAAUUAAUAAUCAUUAAAGGAAUUUUAUUUUUUCGUAUCAAUUGAUGAAGACAUUCUGUUUAUAUCAUUGUAUUCAAUUUUAUGGUUGUAGUUAUGUUGUCGAUAGUUUUUAUUUUUUUUUUCUCAUUAAAAAUGCUCAUUGGUGCUGGUGUUAAA